GAACGAUGGCGUCUGAUAAAGUGCUGCUUCUGAAUUCACUGAAGGACCUGAGAGAAAAUGAACUGAAGGAGUUUCAGUGGCACUUAAAGAAUGAUCAUGAAUCUAUAUCAGAGUCUGAAAUGGAAAAAGCAGAUCGAUUAAAAACUGUGGAUAAGAUGGUGGAGUGUUUUGGGCCAGAAGAAGCUUUGAGGAUCACAGUGAAGAUCCUGAAGAAGAUAAACCAGAACAAUCUGGCUGUUGAGCUGGAGAACAAACACAAACAAGGUCAGGCUGAGGAAAGAAGUGAGGAUCCUGCUCCUGUUAUAGCCGAAUCAAAACCAACUGAGGGUAAAUAUUCAAGUCAAACCCUCAUUCCUCUAUAUGUGAAAUGUGGUGCCUCGCAGGACCAUGGUGCUACUUAUUUAAACAUACUGCAGAAGUGA